AUGCUUGCCAACAAGCAAAUGUCCUGCAGCCGGAUGGCAGGGCGCACCGCCAUCUUUUCGGCGCGUCCUAUUGCCGUGCGGCCCUCCCGCCUAGUGGCGCGGGCUGAGGCGGUCACCGUCGCUGGGGACGUUAACGACACCACUUUCGACGAGGUGGUGCUUCAGAGCAAGCAACCCGUGCUGGUCGACUUCUGGGCGCCCUGGUGCGGCCCUUGCCGCAUGAUCGCGCCUCUGGUCGACGAGCUGGCGGCGGAGUACAGCGGCAAGGUGAAGAUCAACACUGACGAGUCGCCCCAGACUGCCAGCGAGUACGGCGUCCGCAGCAUCCCCACCGUCAUGGUGUUCAAGAACGGCCAGAAGAUGGAGACCAUCAUCGGCGCCGUGCCCAAGACCACCCUGGUCAAGGCCAUUGAGAAGUUCUUGUGA